AUGACUCUCGAGCCCCUACCCCACAUGCCACCCGUCGGCAAGUGGCAGCCGAGCACGGGCUCGAACGCGCCGCUCGCUGCUGCGCUGCCGCUGGCCGCCGGCAAAACGCUCCCAACCACCAGCCGCUUCAAGAGCUCGCUCGAGGCCACGCCUUCGCCUCUCAGCCUCGACCAGCACAGCCCGCAUCUCUACACCCAGCACAGGAUCCGGCCCAACGCGCCCUUCGACAUAGCACACAUCAAGUCCAAGAGGCUUGUGCAGACGCCCGAGCCCGCGUGCCAGACGCUGAAAACCGACUCAGGCUGGUCCUACACGCUCGAAUCCGGGUCCGUGCCCUGCUUUCGCAUCCCGCGGUCCGAGAUCCCAGACCCCAUCACGUUUUACCACCAGAUCGAAGAUGUGGGACGCCAAUAUGGCGCGGUCAAGCUUCAGAUCAUCCAGAGCUCGCCCGCUCCCGUUACGCCCUUUGCACUAAACACUGAGCUUUUCUGGUUCAAGGCCAGGAGACAAUCCCUAUGCUCUUUCCAAGAAGAAACCCGGCGCAAGCUCGAUCUGCACCGCAGGCUCUACAAAUACCACUCGUCGCGCAAGAGCGACACCGGGCGCCAGCUGUUCUCGAAAAUUCCUAGCAUAGACAAAAGGCCGCUGGACCUCUACCGUUUGCGCGAGUGCGUCCAGCUACGAGGCGGCUUCCAAGAGGUCUGCCACAAGAAGCUCUGGGCCCAGAUCGGCAGGGAACUUGGCUACUCCGGCAGAAUCAUGAGCUCUUUGUCUACGUCGCUCAGGUCCGCAUAUCUCAAGGUGUUUUCAGAAUUCGACAAAGAAGAAGAGCGACAGAGAGCUUCUGCCUCCGCGGCAACCACCACGGUGCCCACCAAGAUCCACAUUAUCCUUCCUUCCUCCACGGAAGACAACCACCGUGACCCCAGCUCUAAGAAAAGGUCACUCAAUGAGGCUUCUAUUUCGCUCGAAAAUGCUGUAAAAAAGCACAAGGCGUCUAAAGUCCAAGCCUAUCAAGUUGCUGGCUCAGCUGCUGAAUUCUCAAGAUUGCGGGACAUUCUGAGAUACAAAGGUUUCUUCACCAACUUCGAAAACCUUACUGAGCCUCGCAAGGGUCUUACAAAACCAUCGCCAUCCACCCUGCCAGGCUACCAAUUCACUUUCUGGAAAAGCUCCUCUGAGAUAUAUGACAGGUCAGCGCAUGAAACGCGAAACGCCCCCAUUUACAACCUGCGACAAUAUUAUGAAAAAGCGCAAAAGCACUUUGAUAGUGUUGCAGCGCUUUACCAGCAGCGGUCAUCGCUUGUUCUCGAAAAAUCAGAUUCCGUGAAUCUCCGCGACUUUGAGAAACUAUUUUUCGAUAUUCUAUCUGAUGAAUCAGCGUGCUGCAACGUUGAUACUGGCAUCAACCUGCCUUCCUCAGUGCACGGCUCUGGUUUCCCCACUGUGUCAAAGAGCACCACAAACGGUCUUGACACAACCAGCGCAUGGAACCUUAACAAUAUCCCUCUUUCUUCCGACUCCGUGCUUCAAUUCAUGGACGCUGACUUUGGUAGCCACUUGGACACUCGCCUCGAUCUUGGAAUGCUCUUUUCUGUGAAAGGUUGGUCGAUCGAAGACAACUUUUUACCCAACAUUGACUACCACCAUGCAGGCUCUUCCAAGCUAUGGUAUGUAGUGCCACCUGAAGAUAUGAAAAGGUUCGAAAGCUUGGUUGAAACAUCAAAGAAAAACCAACAAAGUCCUGGCCCGGAGGUAUCAAAUGAUCCGGUAGAUAAGUCUUUUCUGAACUCGGAGGUAUACCAAUGCUAUCUAGACACAUGCCCACAGCACCAAGUGUCAACUCUCCCUCCAAGAAUUAACACGCAUACUAUAGGUCAAUUUCGCGAAGUCACAGCCUGCACCCUUCCCGAUGAUUGGCAAUUUCAUCCUGAGAAGCUCAAGGCUAACUCUAUCAAAGUCUUAAGAAUUGUCCAAGAUCCGGGCUGCUAUAUUCUCAAAUUCCCGAGAACGUAUUCAACUAGUAUAUCCUGCGGAUUUAGCAUAUCAGAGAAUGCACUUUUUGCUCCCGCAUCGUGGCUCGAAUCGGCGCUGGAAAGCGAGAAAUGGCUUUCUAGAAACGGGUUGCUUCCAGCGAUCCAAACAUUUCAGCUCCUCUUCAAUAUUGUCAAGGAAUCGGGAGAUAAAAAACUUGCCUCAAAGGCUCGAUUACUCUUGACAGGCCUCGCAUCCGAAGAGCUUGCGGCUAGAGAAGAACUGGCAAGACGCUUGAGUGAUCGCUUCACUAUCGAAAGUAAUGUUUUUGACUUCAUCUCUGAUCAAACUCUCGAACCCACCGGCGCUUCUAAAGUUCUCCUGACCAGCGCAAAAGAUUGUUUUACACUUUCCCUUCGGCAGUUUCUAGAUAAUCUUACUUGCAAGGAAGAGAAGCUGCUCAUUUUUGGGCGUGACUUACAGCAGGACGGCAUUAGCAUCUCUCUACAUGAAUUUUAUUCUAACGAAGAGCUUGAGGCUUUACUUCAGGAAGAUCACGCUUGCACAGCUGCAGCUGCAAUAUUCUCGGAGAAGGACGCGUCGCAGGGGCAAGUUGAGAAACCCGACCGUGAUGUUCUUGUUUCGUAUGAUAGUUUGGUGAAUGAAGAACUCAAAGGCCAGCGCGUUCCUUUGGCCAAGAUAAAUCUGUUCUGUGAAGCACUUUCCCAAGAAUCGAACUCACAGGCUCACCAACUUAGAAGAAGUUUGAAGAAUGCUCGAAGCACCGCUUCAAGGUGCAACCAAAUGCUGGCUAAAAUCAAUAAAGAGAAGCGCGGGAUGAAGUUUCAGGGCUUUGGUCGCGGUUUUGCUUUGAAAGAAUUGGCCGCCGCACCCUUCCACUAUACCGUGGCUGAGCUUCACAAUCUUUAUCUGGAACUCGAAGGAUCAUCAAUUGCUUUCCCCGAAAUGUCUAAAGUGUUCGAGUUAUGUCACUGCGUUGAAUCGUUUCAACUGGAUGCUCAAAAUGCAAUAAAAAUUAACGAUCUGAGUCGUAUGAAGGAGACGUACCUACAGGGCUGGUCGUUGGGCAUACGUUCCAAAUACCAUGACCUUCUAGCUCGCAAAAUCUGUGAGGAAAUGUGGCUUUCAACUUAUGAAAAAACAAUUAUUGAGCAUGAAAUCAUCAAAGAGGAUGAACUGGGAUACUAUACUCCUAGCUAUUUGUUGCCCUACCUCAAGUAUGGCAUAAAAUUUGUGAGCGACGCGCUCCACAGAGAGAAGCUGGAGCAGGUUCGUAACACUAUACUACUCUCUCAAGAAACAGGAUAUGAGUUAGGACAGCUUUUCAAGAAAAAGUCUAGCAAAAUCCCGGUUGAUCGGCUCUCUAGUAUUCUUGAUACACUUCGUCAGUAUCCUUUUCUGGUGGAACCUCGUCUACGAGAAACCCUAGAAGCUAUAAUGGACACCUUCGGGAAACACAGAGAAGGCAUGUCGUCUUCUUUCGACAAGCUGGACGUUAAUCAUGAACAUUAUCGAUUAAUAGCUGGAAGCGUAAAUGCUAGACCACUGUUCGAACUCAAUUUGAUAGGCAAAUUCGAUGGCUCAUGCGAUGAUAAACGCUUAACAUUAUCUGAAGUACCCAACAGAUCGAUUUUCUCAAAACAUAUAAAAGAUUGCAGGUUAUGGCUUCAGAAAGUUAACAAACUUGUUCUCCGAAAACCUUUAUGGGCAAAAAUUCAUAGCUCAACCCAGCUGUGCUUUGCCAACAAUGGAGAUAAAUUAACCACAAAAUCUCAGCCUGAUGAGGAGCCUGUCUAUUGUUUUUGUCGGCAGGGAGACUCUGGAAGCAAAAUGGUAGCUUGCGAGGUUUGUGGAGAAUGGUACCAUGCAACUUGUAUCAACAAGGGCAAAUGGUCCUUGGUUAGCAAUGAGAACACUGUUUUUGUGUGCCCCAUUUGCUGCCCUUCUAAUUUUCCAGACUUCGGUCUUGUAGACUUUAGCCAGAUUGAGAGUAUGGCCAUGGCAUCCCUCAAACUGAAAGUUAUCCCCGAUCGCCGGUUUUUUGGCCAGUUCUUUGAAAUAUUCAAAAUGUCGGCAUCUUUCAAACACACUAUGAGCUGCGAUCUUUUGAAAAAAGACGGCGCACUACGUGGCGACCUUUCAAUGGCCCAAAUAAAGUUUUACUUGAGAAAACUUGUUGGCGCUGGGGUUAGAAUGCCUAGAGAAAUUAGCGCGCUACAAAGAGCAUGUCAGGAGCAUGAUGCUAACGUUAUGUUAAAAUUCGCGCAGCGUAACAUUAAAGUUGUGACAGGUUACGAAGCUACCGGAUCUCGAGAGGCGUCAGAAGCUCAGCCUGACCAAGUCGUUAUCAAAAGUGAGGGUGCAAUGGUGAUAUCACCAGAAAUUAAACCAGAGGGAAACAGUGAUAUGAUGCAAUGA